GACCGUCAGACUGAGCCGAAGGACUUACGAGGUCAAAGGGAUCCCUAAAGCGGAGAAGCAUGCCGGCAAAACCAGCCCCAAUAAAGAAGUCGGCUAAGGCCGCCAAGAAGGAGGAACCCGCGCCGGCCCCAGCGCCCGCGCCUGAACCGGCACCUGAGCCGGCACCUGCAGAACCAGCACCCGCAGAACCUGCUGCCCCCGCUGAACCCGCUGCCCCUACCGAAGCUGCCCCUGCUGAGGUUGAAGCUCCUCCUGCCGAAGCCGCGCCAGCGGAGGAUCCCAAACCUCCAGCUGAAGCUGCUGCUGAAGCUCAACCUGCUGAGGAAAUCAAAGCACCUACACCACCUCCACCCGCAGAGCCCACCAGCGAGCCUCUGGAGCUCAGCGUUGAGGACGUCAAUGACACUUCAGUCACCCUCUCAUGGAGACCACCAGCCAACAUUGGGAACUCUGGUUUGGACGGCUACACCGUGGAAGUCUGCAAAGAAGGAACUGGCGAGUGGAAAGCAGUGAACGAGGAGCUCUCUGUCUCCUGCCGCUAUAUCAUCAAGAAUCAGACCACCGGUGACCGUCUGAACAUUCGGGUGGUGGCGGUGAACCCUGCCGGGCGCAGUCCUCCUGCCACUCUGCCCGAUGCUGUCCAGGUCAGAGAAGUUGGGGAUCGCCCCAAAAUCCGUCUGCCACGUUCCCUGAGGCAGCGUUAUGUGAAGAAUGUUGGAGAGAAGAUCAACCUUCUUAUUCCCUUCAGUGGCAAACCACAACCAGUUGUUUCAUGGACGAAGGAUGGUCAGCCUAUUGACACUAAAAAGGUGAACAUCCGUAACAGCGAUAAAGACAGCAUCUUCUUCAUCCGUGCCGCUGAGCGCGCCGACUCUGGCGUGUAUGAGAUGUGUGUUAAAGUGGACAGCUUUGAGGACAAGGCCCAGAUAACUCUGCAGAUUGUCGAGUUGCCUGGACCUCCAGCCAGCGUCAAGAUCGUGGACACCUGGGGCUUCAACGUUGCUCUGGAAUGGACCGAGCCCAGAGACAACGGCAACACAACAAUCACCGGAUACACCGUCCAGAAGGCCGACAAAAAGACAGGGGACUGGUUUACAGUACUGGAACAUUAUCACAGACUGAACGCCACCGUUUCAGACCUCAUCAUGGGCAACACCUACAUCUUCAGGGUCUUCACUGAGAACAAAUGUGGAAGAAGUGAAGAGGCCACCGUUACAAAGACCUCAGCCACAAUCCAGAAGACGGGUAUUAACUAUAAACCUCCAGACUAUAAAGAGCGUGACUUCAGUGAGGCCCCAAAAUUCACAACCCAGCUGGCAGACCGCAGCACCACCGUUGGCUACAACGCCAAACUGCUCUGCUCCGUCAGGGGAUACCCAAAGCCUAAGAUCGAGUGGUUGAAGAACCAAAUGAUUAUUGGUGAUGACCCCAAAUUCAGGCAAAUCAGCAACCAGGGCAUCUGCUCCCUAGAGAUCCGCAAGCCCGGUAACUUUGACGGAGGCGUCUACUUCUGCCGGGCCAGGAAUGAGCACGGAGAAGCUCUGGUGAGCUGCAAGCUGGAAGUCAAACAGCCUGUGGUCCAUGACGCUGAGAAGAAAUAAGACAAUCACAUUUAUACAGUCUUUAAUAAGGAACAGCAGAAUGUAAAAUCCUGUCUGAGGAUUGUGAAGAUGCCUUUUGCUGAUAAGAAGAUACAUGAACUGUACAUAUGAAAUAAAAAUAUAUAUAAACAUA